AUGGAGGAGUUCGAAAUGGAGGAGUUAUGUGAUGGAAAAACGCUUGAUCAAUUGUUUGCCCGUGUAGGCCCAUACACCAUGCUGGCUUGGAAUGAUCACUGGUCUGAUGAAGAAAAAUUCGCAGAUCCUUUUUUCCAAACUGCUGUUAAUAAGUAUGGGCAUUCAGGUUGGUCUCCACUAGGAUCCUACUUCGUCACAUCUCACGACCACCAUGUUCUUAUUUGGGGCUCCACAGAUUAUCUGAAUAACUUUGGCGGCCUCAUGUGCUUUAAUCAUCACAAGGUACAACAGUUUGAUGUAUCUCCAGGGGAGAAAUAUUUGGUAACCUACAACAAACCAAAGCCAAGUGACCCAAAUGUGAGCAUCUUUUUUGCUUCUUUUCUUUCUUUCCUUGAUGCAAAAGUGUUCCAACUUGUGCUGCCUAUUAAUCUGCAGGGACUCUGGCUAAAGAUUUUUGAUGUGAAAAGUGGGAAAGGAAUAGUUGGAGUAAAUCAUGGUGGUGUUGACUCCCCCCAAUGGCCUGUGAUUAGAUGGGCUGGUGGUAAAGAUGAUCAAUUCUUUGCCACGCUCAACAAAAACAACACUAUAGCUGUCUACGAGACCGAGACUUUCAGUCCGUUGGGCGGUAACUCCCUAGACCUUGAUGAUGAUGUUGUGGAUAUCGCUUGGUCUCCUACCGAGUCCGUACUUGCUGUUCUGUUGAAAGUGCGUGGUCAGCAGCGUGCCAAGAUUCUUCUUUUGCAAAUCCCUGACAAGGUGAAGCUGGUAGAGAGGUAUCUUCCCUCGGGUAUUGUUGUUAAAGACUGCAAGAUGUACUGGCAGAACAAUGGGGACUAUCUCGCUGUCAGUAUGGACUCGGGAUUUAAGUUUUUCAGCAUCAGAGAUGAAGGCGUACCCACUGAUUUUCUCAAGUUAGACAAAAAGAUCUUGGUGGCUUUUGCUUGGGAGCCUAGCGGUCACAGAUUUGCCUUGAUUCACAAAGGAGACAAAGCCACAGGUCUAUCUGUCAGUUUCUACUCCAUGGAGUCACGUGGAAAGGUCACAGAGCUAUUCACUUUGCACAACAAGCCAGCCAAUGCCCUCUUUUGGUCGCCAAGAGGCAAUCUUAUAAUUCUGGCUGGAUUGAAAGCUUGCUUUGGUGGCAAGCUCGAGUUUGUCGACGUAGAGCUCAAGCAAACUACUAGUGUGCAGCAACACUUGAAGGCGAAUCAUGUUGUGUGGGAUCCUAGUGGGAGAUUCGUUGCAACUGCCUUUACCAUACCACAGGAGAAGUUUGAUGCAAAUUACUCGUGUGAAGAGGAUGACCCUCUUGAGAGGUUUUAUGUGUGGUCCUCCAAUGGUGAUUGUCUUUACUUUUAUCAGUGUGACUAUCCUUUGAUACAGAUGGAAUGGCGCCCCUACGGAGGAGGAAUCAUCGAUGAUGAUUUACUGGAGAAAAGGAAGAAGUACCUUUCCACUACUAGUCUUUAG